AUGACAGCAAAAUUCGACAACGCCACUAAACGCGAAUGGGAAACUAAGACUGCAGCUAGAGAAGUUGCAACAUAUACACAAUUUAUUAAAUUCACAACGGAUCGGUGCGUUAUGUUAGAAACCUUACAGCUCGAUAAAUCCAAGUCCGCAAAAUCCUCAGUAGUCAGCGGCGACACAAAAUCAAUUAACGCAAACAAAAAGUCAAUCGCCGCGGUGGCGUCUGAAGCAAAAUCCGCAGAAUGCUUAACGUGCAGUCAAGGAAAGCACAGGAUAUAUCAAUGUCCUGCAUUUCUUAAUUUAACACCACAGGCUAGAAAUAAAGAGAUUAAACGAUUGAAAUUGUGUUUUAAUUGUUUUAAGGGAGGUCUUUCCAUUGAAGCCUGUGGAUUUGGCACGUGCAGAUUGUGUCUCAAAAAACAUAAUACGUUAUUACACGUCACCAAGGCCAAGGAUACAGAAUCUGAAGGCGUCAGUCAAAGUUCAGCCAUCGAACCAAAGACAUCAACCGAAUCACAAGCCGCAAGCGUAACGCCUCAUGUCAUCCAUCGCGAUAAUCGUGGGUUAUUGGCCACUGCAAUCAUCCAUAUCCGAAACAAGGCCGGAGAGUUCCAAGAGUGUCGUGCAUUUCUGGAUCCCGGCGCACAAUUAAAUUUUAUGACAAAGCUCUGCGAACGUUUAGAACUUCCGCAGCAAAAGAAUUACUCACCACUUCGUGGAAUCUACAACACAAGAACAUCAACUCUCACAGAUACUCACACAACGAUUCGAUCAAGAUUGACGUAUUACUUGGAACUGCCAUAUUUUGGGAUCUCCUGCGUAGGUCAAGUGAAAUUGGGAAGAAAUCAACCAGUUGCACAAAAGACUAAAUUAUGGGUCAUCGGUGGACCUCUAAAGGUCGAAAAUCCUCGAGAAGCGUCAACUGCGGCUAUCUGUUUGACGUCUACCACCAACACUAUCGAAGCUCAGCUGGAACGUUUUUGGAAAAUAGAGGAAGGCAUUCCGCAUGCAGAACCAUCAGAAAAUGAUAGGAUUUGCAAAGACGAAUUCGUCCGAUAUCACAAGCGUAAUGCAGAAGGGCGUUUCGAAGUAAGGCUGCCGCUGCGUGACAGUGUUGAGCGGCUUAGACAAUUUCAAGAAGUUGCUAUCAAACGACUAAAAAGCUUAGAACGAAAAUUUGCUAAGUCGCCUAAUUUAAAGCAACAAUACACAAAAUUCAUACAGGAGUACAAAGAGUUGGGUCAUAUGACCAGAAUCAUGGAUCCAGAGCAAACCAAGACAACGUAUUUUCUGCCACACCACGGAGUUGUCAGGGAUGAUAAUUUGACCACCAAACUUAGAGUGGUGUUCGAUGCGUCGUGCCCCACGUCGACUGGAGUCUCGCUAAACGACAUACUACAGGUAGGACCAACCAUCCAGCAAGAUCUGUAG